AUGCCUCUUCAAAAGUCCUUCUCAGAUACCAAUCAUUCAGGAAAAGAAAAUAGUUCUCGACCACAAUGGCAGGGAAAUAAAAGUUAUCAAAACCAACAGCAAAAGCUUAAAGUGCCUGCAAAGCCAUUAGCAGAGAAACUGCCGAUUCCUAUCUCUACAACUACGAAAAAUAUACUUAGCAAUUUUCAAUAUCGGGAACAGACAGAGAAAAGGGACGGUUCGAAAGAAGUUAUAAAUCUGGUGUCAUCGGAAGCGGAUAGUAGGAAUGUCACACCCUCGAAGAGGAGGCGACGGAGCUCUCUGAAAGAUGGGAAAAUUUCUAUAAAGGAAGAUGCUUCCCUCGAGGAGCCCGCCCCUGCCGAUGCACCCUACACACCAUCAAUUGGGUUUGACCCUACACAAAAUGCCGAUUUCAAACGACCAUUCAUAGCGGUAUCCCCAGACGAUCGCAUAAUUUGGGACACAAGCAAAGAUAGUCAACAAUUACCUGAUUCACCGAGUGUCAACUUGGGGAAGAGAAAGAGAGGCGAUGGCGAGAGUAGUAGGGCACAAAGCUCUUCCCCUGUACUCGGUCAUUCUUCGCAAGCAAAUUCUUUUCCCCAGCCGGGGCCAGAGGUAGAUAUGUGGAUGCGAAUAGCUCAGGAGGAUAACAAGCUCUUACGAAUCAUGGACAAUGCGUCUCCACAAUCAUCUAAAGAAGGGUACACACCUAGGGGUUUCACUCGAUCAAGAAGUCUUGGGAAUCCACUAAACCCAAAGAGGCACCAGCCGAAUAGGAUAGCGAAAAAUAGAGAUAUCGAUACUCCAGGUUUGAUAAGGCGAUUGCAAGAAGAUUAUAAAUCAAAGGAGAUUUCUAGUGGCCCUUCAAGCUCAUCACCUCUUCCCGACAAAGGACUAUUUCCAUCUGAAGCACCAAGUUCCCCACUUGGCCGGAAGGGAAAGGAGAUGAGGACAUCACCCCUGAAAAGGGGAAUUCGACCGCCGUCAUCACCCAUCGCGAACGUUGAUUCUGCUGCUCCUCCACCGAGUCCAAAGAGACCUUCCCUUUCCGAGUCAGAUUAUGGUUCUGAUGAUGGUCUUGACGAAAUUGGUGGAAUGAUACUUACGGCUAUCGAAUCACAAAGUCAGGCUCGUCCUACAGUUUCGAUUUCACGACCACUACCACGACCCCAAAUCUAUGACUCGCCGAGUAAGCCAAGAACUUACUCCACGCAUAAACCCCCAAUUUUAUCUGAAAGCUCUAAGAAGUCGAAAGCAGCAGACGAUGAUAGUAGUGAUGAAUUUGGUGAAGGUUUGGAUGACGAUGAUUUCGAUGCCGCUUUUGCAGGAUCAGUUCAAGCAGAUGAUGUAGAGCUUCCACCAUCAAGGCCUAGAGGCACAGCAGUUAUGAAGGUAGAGUCUGAUGAUGAAUUCGGUGACGAUAUAGACGAUUCGGAUUUUGCGGCUGCGGAGAUAGCAGCAACUCAGUCAGUCAAGCAAUCAGCAAAUAGCUUGAUGCCUUCUAUGGAAAAAGUUCGCGCUAUUCAAAGAUAUCUUGUCACCCAAAUAAUUGAUAGUCAAUAUGAAAGCUCGAACGGCAAAGUGCAACCAGAAAAGAUAUUGAUCCUCCAACCUGAACGCUCCAAAACCAUUAAAACCGUUAAUCUCCGAGGCACCUGGGUUGUAACUCCAGUUACUUUGAAAGCCUUUGUCCAUAUCAUUGGCAAGUUCGACUCACAUGGGAUUUGUAUCAUAGAUGAUAACUCGGGUCUCAUCAUCCUACAUCCGGAUCAUCUUAUCUCUGCACUUGUAGUCGCAGAUUCUUUCGGAUGUACUCGUCGUGCAGUUCUUCAAGAUAGGGUCAAAGCCACUGGUGAACCAUCUCCAGCGAUGCUUUAUGGAACGAUUCUACAUGAGAUCUUUCAAGCUGCGAUGCUUGCUAAUCGCUGGGAUGCAUUGUUUCUAGGUGAGCUCAUCGACAAGCUUGCUCAGAGGCAUCUUGAAAACUUGUAUGUAAUCAAGGUUCAAAUACCACAGGCUGUGGAAUAUUUACACAGUAAAAUGGGAGAGCUGCAAGCAUGGGCAGCAUUGUUUAUAUCUUCUCAACCAAAACCUGAAGCUCUAGUAAAGGCGGGCAAUGGUGAUACUGUGGCUAUGUGUGUCAGUAACCUUCUCGAUGUUGAGGAACAUGUCUGGUCUCCAAUGUAUGGGUUGAAAGGCAACAUCGACGCUACAGUACAAAUCACCAUGAGAGACGGAAAAGGGCAGAGAACCCUCACUGCUCCUUUUGAGGUCAAGACUGGCAAGAAUCCUAGCGUAGCAAACCGAGCACAAACAGCACUCUACAACCUCCUCAUAUCCGAUCGAUAUGAUGUCGAAAUUGCUUAUGGUAUUUUAUACUACAUGGAAACCUCGGAGACCAUCAGAAUUCCUGCUAUUCGUCACGAACUUCGCCAUAUGAUCAUGCAACGGAAUGAGCUGGCGUGUUUCGUACGAGAAAAGAAUGCCCAGCUUCCGCCUAUGCUCAAGAAGGAUAAUAUGUGUGGUAGAUGCUAUGCGAAGAACACCUGCUUCAUUUAUCACAAGCUGGCCGAUGAUGGGAAUGGUGAGACAAGUGGCAUGAAGGAAAAGUUUGACGAAGUUGUCAAACAUCUCACACCAAGGCAUAAAGAGUUUUUCCUCAAAUGGGAUGAUCUUCUUACGAAAGAAGAGAAAGAUUCUUUGAAGUUUCGUCGGGAGCUAUGGACUAUGCUUAGCUCGGAGCGAGAGAAGCUUGGUCGAUGCUUUUCGAAUGUUAUCAUUGAACCUGGAUCAGCUUACGAGGAUCAAAACAACGAGAAGAUCAAUCGAUAUCGAUACACUAUGAUCAAAUCUAUUCCAGCACUACCAGGAUUCUCCUUUAUGGAUUCUCAAAUAAUUGUGGGAGAACCAAUAGUCAUUUCGGAUGAAAAAGGCCACUUUGCUCUUGCCAAAGGCUAUGUUACCAACGUACGCAAAAACAGAAUUACAGUCGCAGUUGAUCGUCGGUUACACAAUGCUCGCAUUAGACAACCUGGAUUCGAUGAGACUAACAACCAAGUCUUUGCAAGUAUCAUGGAAGUCGCUGGCGAAGGAUCAACACCAGCGGAUUCCGUCGGCAAAAUUGUGGAUGAGCCAAUUCUUUACAGGCUCGAUAAGGAUGAGUUUAGCAAUGGUCUUGCGACCGUUCGAAAUAAUCUUAUCCAGAUCAUGACCGAGGGACCUUUUGGAUCACGCGAAAUUCGAGGUCUGGUCGUCGAUCUUAACGCGCCUCGUUUCAAACCACAUUCCACGCAAUAUACACUCAAAGACCGCACGUGUAUUAACGUGGACCAACGUCGUGCCAUCGAAAAAGUCAUGUCCGCACAAGAUUAUGCUCUCGUGCUUGGUAUGCCUGGUACAGGGAAAACCACCACCAUUGCUCAUAUCAUUCGAGCUCUUGUUUCGCAAGGGAAAUCAGUUCUCCUGACUUCCUACACUCAUACAGCUGUAGAUAAUAUUCUCCUCAAACUCCGAGACGACUCGAUUCCUAUCUUACGUCUCGGAAGUAAAGCUAAAAUCCACCCCGAUGUUCAGGAAUUUGCCAAGCUCGCAGUCGAUCCCAAAGAUACCAUGGAAGAAAUUCAAAGUGUCUGGCACGAUACGCCAAUCAUCGCCACUAGUUGUCUCGGAAUCAAUCAUCCCAUUUUUAACGAACGUACAUUCGAUUACUGUAUUGUCGACGAAGCUUCUCAGAUUACACUACCCGUUUGUGUCGGUCCCAUCCGUCUCGCACGCACAUUCAUCCUCGUCGGAGACCAUAACCAACUUCCCCCCUUAGUCAAAGACGAAGAAGCUCGAAAAGGCGGUUUAGAUAUCUCUCUCUUCAAAUAUCUCUCCGAUGCCCAUCCUCAAAGCGUCGUUUACCUUGAACACCAAUACCGUAUGAACGCCGAUGUAAUGGCCCUCUCUAACACACUCAUCUACAAUGGUCGUCUCAAAUGCGGUAGCGAUUCCGUAGCUACUCGCAAAAUCAUCAUCCCCGAAAUGGAUGCGCUAAAAUCACAUCAUCAUACACCCAACAGUAUAUUACGUUGUACUCAAAAAUCAAUCUGCUUGGAACCAAAAAGAGGAAGAUGCUGGUUGAGGGAUUUGUUGGAUCCAGAUGUUACGGUGGCAUUUGUGGAUACAGAUGGGCUUGGGGAUGAAGCAAGAGAGAGCGAAAAGGGGAACAGAACGGUGAAUGAUGUGGAGGCUAAAAUCGUUACCCAGCUCGUUACGUCUUUGAUAUCCACUGGUGUCGAUCCCGCGGAGAUAGGAGUCAUGACACAUUAUAGAUCUCAACUAGCAUCACUGAAAGAGGGACUUCGAGGUGCUAAGGGGGUAGAAAUGCAUACGGCAGAUCGUUUCCAAGGAAGAGAUAAAGAAGUCAUCGUACUAAGUUUAGUACGCAGUAACGAGGCGGGAAAUAUUGGUGAACUUCUUAAGGAUUGGAGAAGAAUCAACGUAGCAUUUACGAGAGCAAAAACAAAGUUGCUAGUAAUCGGUAGUCGGGGGACACUCAAGGGAAGCGGGGAAAGAAAAGAUGCGGAUAAACCCGAGGAAAUGGUGAGUCGAUUUGUGAAGUUAAUGGAGGAAAAGAAUUGGAUUUAUGAAUUGAGUGCGGAUCAGUUUUUGGGGCAUUAUUGGGAGACGGUGGGGAGUCAGACUCAGGGUAGUGUGGGGCUGGGCUCGCAGUGGAUUAAAGCGGAGAAGAGGAGGAGGGAGGUGGGGGUGGGGUUGGUGGAUAUUGAAGGGGGUGGUGGGGAUGACAAGGAGAAUUUGGGGGUUGGUGGGAGGGGAGUAAAGAAGGAGAAAGAGUUUAGGGUUGGGAAAGGUGGUAAACAUCAGCCGAAGAGGAUUAAAGGGGGGUUGGCGAUGAAUGAUGGGAAUGUGAAGUUGGGAAGUGUUUUGAUGGAUUUGGUUAAUGAUGGAUUGUGA